ACAGUACAACACAACCAUAGACUGCUAACAACCUCAGCCACAUAGCGGGCAUCACAUCUGCACCUCGUCCGUCCAUCGAACUAUUAGAAUUUGCAAUGGCUGCUGCCCUCUCCCGUGCUCUGAAAUUGCCAGGGAAGAAGGGCUCAGAGCUGGGGGAGUACGACCCCCUCACUCAGGCCGACAGCGAGGACGAGAGCGAGGAGGACGACCUCGUGCUCAACUACCCCCGCAACGGGCUGGGCAGGGGCAACUGCAUGGGCGCGGGGCCCUCCGAGCUACGGGGCGGCAGAGCGGGGAGGCUGGUGGGGGGCGAAGAGGAGGUGGAGGAGGAGGAUGACGAGGAGGACGAGUGGAAGGAGCGCCUCCCGGGGAGAUCCCGGCAGGAGAGGGAGGAGAUGAAGGGCAUGCAGUACUGGAGCCAGAGGGAGGCGGGCCGAGAGGGGGGACUGGAGGACAGAGGGGGCUCGGGGGGGGCGGGGGGGCCGGGGCUGGGCGUGGGCUCCGGGGCUGAUCCAGAUGGGAAGAAGGCCAAGAAGAGGGGCGCCAUCAGAACGGCCUUCUUCCUCGUGCCUCUGGUCUGCGCUGUGCUGCUGGUGCUGCUGUGUGCGUUUCUGGUGCCUUGCCAGAAGGGAGAUCUGGCCAAAUGGCCGCAGUGGGAGAGACAGCUGGGGGAGGAUGCAGGAGGUGUCACCCUCUCUCCCCUGGCGCUGUGGGACGUGGACGGGGACUCGGUGGAGGACGUGUUGGUGGGGGUCACGGAGAGGAGCAACGACACCCAGGCCUCCACCUCCUCUGCUGGGAACAACAAAGUCCACAGCGUGGUGGCGCUGUCUGCGCUCAGCGGCCAGGUGCUGUGGCGGAGGGGCCUGCGGGAGCCCGCCGUGUCCGUGCAGUGCGGCCUGCAGUACGAGGCCCACCCGGUCCCCUUGCCGGCGGGGGGCGCCGCCCUCAGGGCCUACCCCCAGACCGCCCCGCUCCUGUCCGGCCAGCGGGAGCAGGGGAGCGGGCCGGUGUGCCUCCUGAUCGGCUCGCCUCACGUCACCGCGGUCAACAGCACCACGGGUAAGGAGUUAUGGACGGUCUCCCCAGGAGUGGUGGAGUCCCAUGCCGUGUCCUUGCCAGAUCUCCAAGGAGACACGGUGCCUGAUCUACUGAUAGCUACUCUCCCUGCCGACCAGGUGUCUGACCUCUCAUUGGUCUUGCUCUCCGGACUGACUGGCGCUCCGAUUGGCCAUCCAGUCACCUUUAACCUCACGGAGCAGGGCAAGCUGAUUGGUCCCCUCCUUCAUGAGACACAGAUGGGAGCCUACUACAUUCUGUUUGGACUAGGCACCGUCGAGGCAGUCUCCCUCAGAGAUAUAUACACUCAGGCUACUGGCAAUACGCCCGUCUCUCCGGAGCUGAGCCUUAAGGACCCCGUCUGGGAGAAGCUGAAGAAAACCAACACGUCCUCACUUAUUCACAUUUCCAGGGGCCCUGAGCAGGUGCAGGUCCUGCUCCCCCUGGUGGCCGGGCUGUGUAACAACCACAACAACCUGGACGCCGCGUCCACCCUGAACUCCAGCCGCAGCGACUGGGUCCUGGUGUUGAUUUCCAGCAGGCUGUCCAGCAGGCUGUCCGUGCUCAGGGAGAUGGACGGACACACGCUGUGGUCCCUCGACUCCUCCUCCAUCAGAGGUCGCCCGGCCCCAGGCCAGUUCAACGAUGACGGCAUCCCUGAUCUGCUGCUUCAGUCUGGGGAUCACGGAGUCCGAAAGAUCCAGGUGGUGGAUGGAGCCAGUGGGCGUGGCCUAUGGGCAGCAGAGUUUGUGUGUCCCGACCUCCAUCUGGAUGGCUCCUCUGUCACAACCACCUCCGGCCAAUCAGCUUUCCUCUUCUGGGCCGGCGAUCCCCUCAGAGUGGCCAAGAAUAUCACCAAGGCAACCGUGGCGCUAGCUGAGCCUGUAGUCAGGAAGCUCUACCUGCUGCAUCCUGCAUAUCCCACAAUCCUCCUGGAGCUGACCCACACCACAGACAAGGUGCUCACAGCAGCAGUGACUUACGAGGAGCAGCAAAAAGACGCUUCCUACAUCAUCAUCUCGUCUCGGCCCACCUCCAGCCCAGAGCCGGGGACUCAAGUAGUGAGGAGCCUGAGGCUGAGGUCUGCCAUCGUGGCCGGGCAGAUCGUGAGACUGGGGGGCGGCAGUAAGGGACCAGGCCCAUUCAGACCUGGGGUGUUUGAGAUCAACAAGUUCUUCCGGCACCUCUCCUUCAAACAGCAUUAGGUCGCAAAGAGGCACUAAAGUCUGUUGAUGUUGAAGAGGUGGACUAACUGGACCAAUCCUAUGGAGAUCAUACCUAAGUUAUUCAACUAUCUUUCACCAUUAGUUACAUGAGGAGCGCUUGAGUUGGGUUACAUGUGAGAGUCACUCCAACGGAGGUAGUUCUAGGAUGAAGGCCCCACAGAUGAACACACUUUAACCUUUCGAUCGUUCGAUGCGUUCGACCCGGCAGAAAUGCAACACUGCACAUAGCUGCUGUGGUUGGUAAAGGUUCAGAUGAGAUUCCUUUCAUGUUUACAUUUCAUAUGUUCCCACUAAUCAAUUUAUUGUCAUACUUUAUCUGCUGAGAAUUUGUUAGAUUUUUUAUUUUUUAGGUUUUUAUUUAUUUAUAUAAAUAUACUUGAUCUUGUAUUUACAUACAGGUAUUUAUUUAUUGGAUUCAAAGAGUUAGGAGGUAGAGUUUAAAUCUCAUUAAAUGUAAUGUAUUUAUUUUUUGGUGAGUCUAUAAAGAAACAGUUUUCUUAUAUCUAGCUACUUAGUUAACUAUACUUCUGGAGAUCAAGUCCAAUGAGUUAGAGAGAGUGAGAUUGGGAUACUGUUGCAAUGGAAAAUAAAUUCGUUUAUAAUUGAGUUAAUCCACAUAAUAAUUUGCAGGUACCAAGGUCAUUCCUUUAUCUUUUACUUGCACUUUUUAUGUACACUACUACUGACUAUGAUCUAUUUAAGGCAGUGAUCUUUCUUGCAUUAUAUUGAAAGUCUGUAGAUACUUUUGCCAUUGUACAGUGUUUCCUUGUUAGCUUCGUUCAUUUUAAGGACAGAUGUGUGUAGUCUGCAUAUUUUACUAUGCGCGUGCGACUGUAAAUAUUGCUGAUAAUUUGCCUGGAACACUUUCAUCACAAAAUAAACAAUAACUCA